CAGCUGUUUUGUUAGAGGUGCGUGCAUCGGGAAUAGUAUAUUGUUGACUGGAGGGGCACUUCGCAGUUUGUUGGUCCGAUCAUAUUUCUUUGUUUAUUUGAUGUGCAAAAUCGUACUAUUAUCGUAGAAAACGUCCUGCCGCGAGUGAAAGACCACGACGCGUCGAGAAGCAACAAAGGAAAUCGUAGUAACGGCUACACACUAUCUGGUACCCGCUGGAAAUUGAUUCUGUCGAGGAGCAGUGUUCGCAAAGGCGUCCGUCCGACUGUAGUGUUCUGUGCUACCACUUCAGGAGGUUUAGGACGUUCCGCUUCCUGGAACAGGCUGCAGACUUUACUUCCAGAAGAAAAAUAUGGCACAAACAACGAGCAGCGCUCUAAGGGCACUUGCCCUCGAAUAUAAAAGUCUUCAAGAGGAACCUGUCGAGGGAUUCCGCGUGAAACUCGUUAACGAGGACAACAUGUUUGAGUGGGAAGUAGCUAUCUUCGGGCCCCCGGAUACGCUUUACCAAGGAGGAUACUUCAAGGCACACAUGAAGUUCCCGCCCGAUUAUCCGUACAGUCCACCCAGCAUUCGGUUUAUGACGAAAGUUUGGCACCCGAACGUAUACGAGAAUGGAGAUCUAUGCAUAUCAAUCCUGCAUCCACCAGUAGAUGAUCCACAAAGUGGAGAACUGCCAUGCGAGAGGUGGAAUCCGACACAGAAUGUCAGGACGAUCCUGUUGUCCGUGAUUUCGCUUCUGAACGAGCCCAAUACAUAUAGCCCUGCCAACGUGGAUGCCUCGGUGAUGUAUAGGCGCUGGCGCGACUCCAAGGGUAAAGACAAAGAGUAUGAAAAUAUCAUAAGAAAACAAGCACAAGCAGCAAAGAUGGAAGCUGAGAAAGAGGGGAUCGUCGUACCAGUAACGUUGGAAGAUUACUGCAUUAAGACUCAUGCGAGGCCAGCUGAACAACAGCUAGACAUGACGGAUUUCUAUGAUGAUGAGUACGAGCUGGACGACGACGACGAUGAUGAGCAAAUGAGCGCCAGUGACUACGAAGACGGUGACGACAGUGGCAACGGAGAGUCGUGAUCCAUUUUCUCAAACUAUUAAAAAAAAAACUCGAAAACGCUAAUUAUUAUCAGUUCUGUAUAGAUUAAUAAAUUAACGGGCUUCUAAACCGGACGCUCUCUCUUUUCAGACGUGCCACCUUAAAUUCAAGUACGCGUUUAAAAAAGAACUUAACUCGUCGUUAGGUAUUUAAGUAGGCUCGUAUUUUAGGAUGACGUCGAUAAUAUCACGUUAUUCUUCGUCACAAUAUCGUAGACGAAAUCGACAUAAAAUUCGUUGAUUAGUUAUUUAUCAUGAUAUUAUUUUUGUUGAUCGUGAUCAUUUCAAUGUAAGAUUGAAUCGUUUUACAAUGUAUUUUGGUUUCGAUUCAACUAAUAAAAAUAUUUAUAAACCGGUUAUAACUCCAUGAAGAUGUAACGAGAUUUUAUUAGAAUAUACACAUUAUGAAGUGAUAUGUAAUUUGGAAAAUCUCGAAAAAAGAAAUAAUUCUAUGUAUGCUAAAUUGUUGAGAAUGCCGUGUUUAUAAGCUCUUUAACUUAAGCAAUAUACGGUAUGAAAAUAAGUACUUUGUUAGAAGCACCGUGCUUGUUGUGUUGUGGUUGGCACGUCGAUCUUUUAACUAGGUAAAAAGUAAAAAGGACCAAUUGAUUUACCUUAUGGUGAUCAGCGUUCGAUAAAAUUAAUCAUAAAUGAGAAGUACAAUGAUUGGGCUGGCUCAAAUCUUCUUUAUCCAUGUGUUGUAUUUGAAAUUAUCAAUGGGUAUAUCAAUUGAUCCUGCAUUUUAAAUCUUCGAUAAAAAUUUACAUUGAAUAAAGUGAAAUUCCUCUGUUUCGUAUGAUUAUUUAUGCUAUAAAGCCAAAAGUUGGUAAGAAAUUCGGAUGUGUGAGAAAAGAAGCAAACUGCCAAAAAAGACCUGUUAAACAUU